AUGACUUUUAUAUAUAAUUUAAUAAGUUAUGGUAUAGUUUUUGGAGCAAUAUUCAAUCAACUGCCAUAAAUUUAUAAGAUAUAUAAAAGUAAAAGCAUCUAUGGGAUAUCAUUUUCAUCUAUAUACACAGAAGUAUUAAAAAAACUAAAUAGACUCUAAUGUUAGUAUUUAAUGUUGCUUACAAUAUGCAUGAAGGAACAAAUUUCCUACUAUAUGGUGAAAAUGUUAUAUUGUAUAUCGAAUACAUAAUUGUCUUAAUAUAAUAUGGUUAUUAUAGCGAAUCAUAGAGAGAUUACAAAAGAAAAUUAAGUUUUUUAGGAAUAAUUAGCUUGUUAUUUUUAUUUUAGAUUGUACCUCCAAUCAUAUUCAAGCUUAGCAUAUAUAUUAACAUGAUUUUAUGUAUAGGACUUCUGGAUAUUUUAGUGUUUUUUUCAAAAUGGCCUUAAAUAAAAAUGAAUUACUAGAGAUAAUCUACUGGAUAGCUGUCAUUUUUAACGCAUUUAUAGAAUUAAGCAGGGGCAAUUCCAAGAGCAUUAUCAAUAUUUGCAGAAUCUAAUAAUUAUUUAUUAUAUGUAUGUAUUUAUGUUGAAUUAGAUAGUGUUUGGUGAUAUUGGAUAAUGUUUUGGUAUCUUUAAUAACUUUUUAAUUUUUAUUUUAUUGGAGCAAAUAAGACAUAAAAUAGAAAUAAUGA